AUGGUCAAUCUGUACCAGUUUCGUCGGAUUUCAAACAAUCUUUUGACGGUAAAAUUGCUCGCCUCACUAUAUCAAAUAUUACUAAAGAAAAAUGUGGAUCAUUUGAUUGCAUAG